CUGAAUCGUAAACAUGCCUGAGCUACCUAAAGCCGCAGCGCCCAAGAAGGGAUCCAAGAAAGCGGUCACCAAGACUGCCACCAAGACCGGCAAGAAGAGGAGAAAGUCCAGGAAGGAGAGCUACGCCAUCUACGUGUACAAGGUGAUGAAGCAGGUGCACCCCGACACCGGCAUCUCCUCCAAGGCCAUGGGCAUCAUGAACUCCUUCGUGAGCGACAUCUUCGAGCGCAUCGCCGGGGAGGCCUCCCGUCUGGCUCACUACAACAAGCGCUCCACCAUCACCUCCAGGGAGAUCCAGACCGCAGUCCGCCUGCUGCUGCCCGGAGAGCUGGCCAAGCACGCCGUGUCUGAGGGCACCAAGGCUGUGACCAAGUACACCAGCUCCAAGUAAACCCGUCAGACCCACAAACACAACGGCUCUUUUAAGAGCCACCCACACAGACAAAGAGCUUUCCGUUUAUUUACUUGUGUAUCCAAUAUUGUGUUUUCAACCACUGAGUUAAAGUGCUCCUAAUUCUAUGAAGACUACUAGUCCCAAUGCUCAAGAGUUUUCAAUAGUUUAGAACAGUAGGGGUCUAUUAGGGUCCAAUACACUUGGAUCAAUGUUACAUUUGUUUUAAGUCUUCACAUUUUUCCUCAAAUGCAAGCAUAACUAACUUAUAAAAAUAUCUAUUUACGUCACUGUUCUUCUGGUGGAUAUCUGUGAAUCAUGGAUGUCUAAAUGCAAAUAAACUUCGAUAUGCUCAAAGCAUAAGACGUAUGUCGACGGUAAAAAUGGACUAUCUGUGGCUGAAUGCAAGCAAUACAGCUAAUGAUGACACAUGAUUAUUAACUGUCUACCACCGCUGUAUUUCAGAUUCUUAUUAGAGUUUAAAUCUAACAUGGAAAUGUGGUAAACACAAUAGCAGUGAGGUAUCAGAUACAGACCAGGGUGCGAUGCAUUGGCUGAAUGGUAUAAGACACAGCAUUGUGUUUAGAUGUUAUAUAGUAUAGUAUGCUAUAAAUAAAUAAGUGCUUUCUUUUUAGUAAUGCUAAAUGCAAUAAAUUAUAUCGAUAAAACAUCGUGUGAUAAAGAAUGGAAAUCAAAGGUUGACACAUGACCCAGAUUGGCAAUUGCGCAACUUCGUUGUGAAAGGACCGGUUAGCUGGGUUUGUCCCGCCCAGCUGAUCUCAACCACGUCCGCAGGCAGGCAAUAAAUACCCACGAUCAUGGCGGAUAUCGCAUCAGGAUAUUAACACAACUCUGUAAUCAUGUCUGGAAGAGGACUAGCCAUAUACCCAUUCAUUAAACUAAUAAACAAAGAAAAGUUUAAAAUAAAGAAAUGGGCCCUGUUCCAAAUGAGUUCAUGCUGACUUCACAACUGAAUUUGCACAUUUACAGACAGACUGGAUCGGACUAUCUAAUAGAGUGAUCUUUAAAAUGGUGAAUGACUUUAAAUAUGGUGGUUCUAUAACAUACGAAAACACAACAUCUGAUGAAGGUACCCAGCUCACUAACAGAGCACUUAUCCUGGUUGUAUUAUCUUAUUGUCAAUAAGUGUAAUUCAAUCCCUCUAUUUCAUCUAAUCAUUUCAAAGGCAAAUAUGUACUCAACAUUAUACAUACUUUAAUCAAUCGUACUAUCAGAAAUAGAAUAAUGUGUCUCAUAUAAUGUCCAAUAAAGAAUAUAAUGCUUGUAUUAAUUGAA